AGUGCGCGCGAGGCAGCAUAAAGGACGGAGACAGUGGCGUGUGCGAGAGAGGAGAGCGCGCAAGUCCCAUGUGCGUCCGGCGAGAAGGACUGGCAGUUCGGCCAGCGUGAGAGAGGAGAAACUCUGGGAAAGUUUGUGCGGGGAGGAGGCUGAAUGUGAGACAGAGAGAGAAAGAGUCACGCGCGCAUCUCCAGCAGCUGCCAGAAAACUGCUCUCUCCAUCCUGCCCGCCAUUCUGGACCAUCCUGUGGACUUCUAGAAGCCGGGUUGAUCGCCCAGGAAGGAGAAGACUGUGCCCCCCAUGGGGCAGGGGGGUGCCCGCCUGGCAUAGAGGACCCAAGCCAGGGCGGCUCCUGCCAGCCGUCCCUGGAUGUGGCUGGAGGCACGGCAGCCGCUGGGGUGCCCCCCGCCCCCGCCAUGGCUGCCGAGGUGCGACUGAAGAAACUGGAGGAGCUGGUCCUGGACCGGAGCGCUGUAGGUCUGGAGACCUUGGUGGACCUUCUGCUAUGUGUGCACCACGAGCUGAGCACAUCGCCCCUGGCCCAGGAGAAAUACAUUAUGGAGUUUUUACAGUGGGCGGAGCCAGUCACCUCCAGACUGAAAGCGCUGCGGCUGCAACGGGAUGAUUUCGAGAUCCUCAAAGUGAUUGGACGGGGAGCCUUCAGCGAGGUAGCGGUCGUGAAGCUGAAGAGGACAUCCCAGGUGUACGCCAUGAAGAUAAUGAAUAAAUGGGACAUGUUGAAGCGGGUAGAGGUUUCCUGCUUCCGAGAGGAGCGGGACGUGUUGGUCAACGGAGACAAGCGCUGGAUUACGCAGCUUCACUUUGCUUUCCAAGAUGAGAAUUACCUGUAUCUGGUGAUGGACUACUAUGUUGGGGGCGACCUCUUGACGCUGCUGAGCAAAUUUGGGGACCGCAUCCCGAUGGAGAUGGCUCGCUUUUACCUGGCCGAGAUGGUGAUGGCCAUAGACUCAAUACACCGGAUUGGUUAUGUACACAGAGACAUCAAACCAGACAACAUCCUCCUGGACCGAUGCGGACAUAUCCGGCUGGGGGACUUUGGCUCCUGCCUCAAGCUCCGCAAAGACGGGACGGUCUGCUCAACGAUAGCCGUGGGCACCCCAGAUUACCUUUCCCCCGAGAUCCUGCAAGCAGUGGAAGACGGCACUCACUCUUACGGCACAGAGUGCGACUGGUGGUCCCUGGGCGUCUUCGCCUACGAGAUGUUCUUCGGCCACACUCCUUUCUUUGCCGACUCCGUGGUGGAGACGUACGGAAAGAUAAUCCAUUUCGAAGAGCACUUCCGGUUCCCUCCCUCGGCUCCCGAUGUCCCUCCCGAAGCUCUGGCCUUGAUCGAAGGGCUCAUCUGCCCCCGGGAGAUGCGGCUGGGGCGCAACGGGGUCCGGGACUUCCAAGAGCACCCCUUCUUUGCGGGCGUGGACUGGGAUUCGCUGCGGGACUGCGUGGCGUCGUUCGUGCCCGAAUUUGCCAACGCCACGGACACCUGCAACUUCGACGUGGUGGAUGACUGUCUCACUGACAUGGUGAGCGGGGGAGGGGAAACCUUGUCGGAUGUGAUGGAGAGCUCUCCGCUCGGGGUGCACCUGCCCUUUGUGGGGUAUUCGUACACCUACACGGCAGCAGCGAAACAGAAUGAGCCGGAGGAAAGAGGCCGCGGGGACGUCAGCAUGGAGGUCGAUGGCAGCCAGAAGACUUUGCCCCCAGAACAGACCCCCAAGCAAACACCGGAGGAGCUGGCAUGCAAACUCCCUGAUGGGCAGAAGCUCGACGUGGCCACUUUCCUGGAGUUGCAGUCGGCGCUCGAGGAGGAGCUGAGGAGCCGGGAGGUGGUGUGUCAAGAGCUCAGCAUGGUCAAAGUGGCCAACCAGACCUUUGCCAGCCAACUCAAGGAAGCCGAGAGCCGCAACUUGGAACUGGAAGCUCAAAUCAAACGCCUGGAGGAGCAGAUUGAAGGCAUGAGGCCGAUGGCCGAGGAAGCUGCUCUGGGCUGGAGCCCUCGCUGGCCCCCCAACCACACCCACCCUUUCUUGUGCCGCGUGGAGCGCCUGGCAAAUGCGGCACCAUGGCAUCUCGGCUUUGUGAAUACCCGCUUGUGGUACCUCUGUACCGGCACUUGCUGCUCUUUUCUAGGGUACAUAGGCCCUGCAUCGUCAAGGUGGGAUACCUGCUCUUAUGCACUGGCAGAUUUGCCCUGGAAGCCUCUCCUCGGAGCCUGGUGGAGGUGGCUUGAAGGCCAUCGGCGAGGGGGGAGCAGGGGGGGAGAGACCCUUGUGCCCAACAGCCUCUGCUCGGUCGGCUCAGCCCUUGCCAGGCUUCGGGGACAACCUCCUUUAUCACUUGCCAGCUGUCCCAGAAGGGAGCUUGGGGCCCAGAGGACUGAAAGCCCCCUUCUCCUUGUGCCCUGGCAAGGAAGAGGACCCUUUUUGAUCCAGAUGCUGCCUGAACCAACGGCCGAGCCCACGCCACUCCCUGGGCCCUCGCUUCCCUAGUCUCCGAGCCCUGCCUCUGAACUUGCCUCGCUUUGUGAAGAGAGCACUGGUCUCCCCAGCUCACAUUACUGGUAGCAGCCGGGGAGGAAUUUCCUAAAGGGCCACGAGCGGCCGAAGAGAACCCGACCCCCCCAAGACCUCUCAACCACCAACUCCGUCCCACUUUUUAGCCUCAGGCUGCUCCGCCUCAAACGCAAAAUUUGGGAGCUGCUGUAGGAUCCAGGAAUCUCAGCACCCUCGGGAAUUUAACCCCUUGAAUUCCUGUAGGGGAAGGAGCCCAGGAGUCCUGCCUCCCA